CAAUGUAAACUUGAAAUACUAUAUAUCUUUACCAUGAGCCAUGCAAUGGUUUCUUUUUUGGCUUGAAUUGGCCUUUGUGUAUUGGUUGUACACUCUAGUGGAAGGAUACAAGAUUCGAUUUGGACGCGAGCGUAGUAGAAUCCUAAAGUUACGCAAGCGUAAAAGUGCUUUUGUAGACCGUUUGAAUCUGCUUACGAAGACUAGAGGAGUAGGUAUAUUUACACUGCAGGCCACUUCAGAAGAUCAGACACAGUCGGAAGAUUCUAGCAAAACAGAAACUUCUACCGAGUCAUUCGAUUCAUUUCUGCCAAAGAAAAAAAAGAAGCGUGAGCCCAAAAACCCAGUAGUUAAAAGGGAUAUUGAUAAGUUCGAGCCAUUAUUCAGGAAAAUACCGGCGCUGCGUUAUGUUAAAAAGGAGGUUACGCGUGACCAAAGGCCAGGUGCUCUGAAUCCACUGGGUUAUGCAGCGCAUUAUGUAACUGAUGGUGACUGGCGAUUCCACCCUAGUUUGAUCAGAGUCCGUGGCAAGUACUUCUCACGUCUUUAUGAGAAGGAACUUCGUGACCCAUUUAAAAUGCAUGAGCACGAUACGGGAUCGGCACAAGUACAGGUAGCAUCUCUGACGGCUAAGUUGGAUUACCUCUCGCUACAUUUUAAGAGGAACCCAAAGGAUAUCCAGGCAAGACUACAGAUUUUAAGAUUAGGUAAUAGGAGGCGCCGUUUACUAGGCUACCUGUACAGAACUAAUCGACCAGAAUUUGAUUCACUCGUGGAGACAUUCCAAAUAGACUUUGAGGACGCACCCCUGUCAGAUAAGAAGCUUCUGCCUCAAUAUACACACAUUCAUCACAAAAAGACUAAACGAUACACCUCUGCCAAGGAGCAACGUACGGCCACAAGACAGCAUAUUAUAUCCACCGCUAAUCAGGAGGUAUUUUGAACCAGGAAUCUACCUUUACAAUACUUGGUGGAUAUCACAACUAUAGGCCA